AUGCCUGUGCCCAGUGGCUCAAAGGUUUCUCUUCUCUCCUUCCAGAAAAUAGUGAAAGCAGGAGACAAAGACCUGGAUGGACAGUUAGACUUUGAGGAGUUUGUUCAUUAUCUCAGAGACCACGAGAAGAAACUGCGGCUGGUCUUCAAGAGCCUGGACAAGAAGAACGAUGGCCGGAUCGACUCGCAAGAAAUCAUGCAGUCUCUGCGUGACCUGGGAGUGAACAUCUCUGAGGAGCAGGCAGAGAAGAUCCUCAAGAGAAUAAGGAGGGGUCAUAUCUGGGCCCCUAUCUUGUAUAUGGAUAAGAAUGGGACAAUGACGAUUAACUGGAAUGAGUGGCGGGAUUACCACCUCCUGCAUCCAGCAGGCAACAUUCCUGAGAUCAUCCUCUACUGGAAACACUCCACGAUCUUUGACGUUGGGGAGAGUUUGUUGGUGCCUGAUGAGUUCACGGCAGAAGAGAAGAAAACAGGAAUGUGGUGGCGACACCUAGUGGCAGGAGGAGGAGCUGGUGCAGUGUCUCGAACCUGCACUGCACCACUGGACAGGCUCAAAGUCCUCAUGCAGGUUCACGCCUCCAAGAGCAACAGCAUGCAUAUCACUGGAGGCUUUGUCCAGAUGAUCCGAGAGGGCGGUGUGAGGUCACUGUGGCGAGGCAACGGCAUCAAUGUCAUCAAAAUUGCCCCUGAGUCUGCUAUUAAGUUCAUGGCCUAUGAACAGAUAAAACGAUUAAUUGGAAGUAACCAGGAGACGUUGGGCAUCGCAGAGAGACUGGUGGCAGGCUCUCUGGCUGGACUAACCGCUCAGAGCAGCAUCUACCCUAUGGAGGUGUUGAAGACACGGAUGGCCCUGAGGAAGACGGGCCAGUACUCGGGCAUCUUGCAUUGUGCCAAACAUAUGUUUCACAAGGAGGGAGUGGCUGCUUUCUACAAGGGCUAUGUCCCCAACAUGCUGGGCAUCAUCCCCUACGCUGGCAUCGACCUGGCUGUCUAUGAGACUCUGAAGAAUUGGUGGCUGCAGCGCUUCGCCACAGACAGCGCUGAUCCAGGAGUGUUCGUGCUCCUGGCUUGUGGCACCACCUCCAGCACGUGUGGCCAGCUGUCCAGCUACCCGCUGGCCCUGGUCAGGACUCGGAUGCAGGCACAAGCUACCCUGGGGGGCCCGCAAAUGACCAUGACCGCCCUGUUCAGACACAUCAUUAGGACCGAGGGACCCAUGGGACUCUACCGAGGCCUGGCUCCCAACUUCAUGAAGGUCAUUCCAUCUGUCAGCAUCAGCUAUGUGGUGUACGAGUACCUCAAGAUCAGGCUGGGGGUCCAGUCAAAGUGAGGAGGGAGAUCAAGAGGCCUUUGCUUUUCUUUUGAGCUAAAGAUGGAAUGUGUGUUGGCCUAUUAUUUAUACAUACAGUUGUGUGAAAAA